CCCCGCCGCCGCUGAUGUGAGUGCAACCUGCUGCGCGCUCCCUCUCUCCCGCACGAUCCCAGAAAACAGCUGAUGUCAUGGACAAGACGCGACACGGUUGACAAAGCAAAAACGUCUAUCCCUGCAGCACGACCCAGCUGGACUUUAGGCCAUCUCCACUUCUCUUUCUUCUCUCUCUCUGUUUGGCUUCUCCACCUCUCUGGGACCUGGGAUGAACGCACCAAUGAGGAGCCUCACAGUGAGUAGUCCUCCACUUCAGCCGCUCCAUCAUCUUUUUCUCCACAACGCCUCUGUCACUCACUCACAGAGCGUGUCGCAUAUAUGCCUGAUGUCAGACGUGGUGGCAAUUCCUGUCUCUCUGAGCGUACUGUAGAUGGUAUGCCUGAUCGCAUGUUAUGUGCAGUGCUGGAGCAAUUUCAGCUUUACUUUUCCCUUUGAUCCACUCUCUGUAUAGCACAGCAAGCCCAAGCAUGCUGAAGAGGAAACAGAGCUCACGGGUGGAGACCCAGCCCAUGACUGAUUUCGGGCCAGAUGAGACACUGGCAGACAGCGCUGAUAUCUUCUGGAUCAACAAACCAUGGGUUCACACUCUCCUCAGAGCGUGUGCCAUCAUCAGCGUGACCUCUGUGUGCAUGAACACGCCCAAGACCUUCGAGCAUUACCCGCCGCUCCAGUAUGUCACCUUCAAGCUGGAUACCCUGCUCCUGUUCCUCUACACCUCAGAGAUGAUUGCCAAGAUGCACAUCAGAGGAAUUAUCAAGGGGGAGAAUUCCUACAUCAAAGAUCGCUGGUGUGUUUUCGAUGGGUUCAUGGUGUUUUUCAUCUGGGUGUCUCUGGUCCUGCAGGUCUUUGAAAUAGGAGGGCUUGUGGAUCAGAUGUCUCCAUGGGGAAUGUUAAGAAUCCCCAGAGCGCUCAUUAUGAUCCGGGCCUUCAGGAUUUACUUCCGCUUUGAGCUUCCCCGCUCCCGCAUCACCAAUAUUCUCAAACGCUCCGGGGAGCAGAUUUGGAGUGUGUCCAUAUUUUUGCUAUUUUUCCUUCUCCUUUACGGAAUUCUGGGAGUUCAGAUGUUCGGGACCUUCAACCAUCACUGUGUGACCAACGACACAGAGAAGGGUAAUGUAACGUGGAACAGCUUAGCCAUCCCUGACACCCACUGUUCCCCUCAUGGUGAGGGUUACCAGUGUCCUUAUGGGUUCAAGUGCAUGGACCUUGAGGAACUGGGCCUCAGCAGGCAGGAGCUGGGCUAUAGUGGCUUCAAUGAACUUGGUACAAGUAUCUUCACUGUGUAUGAGGCAGCAUCGCAGGAGGGCUGGGUGUUCCUCAUGUACAGAGCCAUCGACAGCUUCCCUCGCUGGCGCUCCUACUUCUACUUCAUUACGCUCAUAUUCUUCUUGGCCUGGCUGGUCAAGAAUGUCUUCAUUGCAGUCAUCAUUGAAACCUUUGCUGAGAUCCGAGUCCAAUUUCAACAGAUGUGGGGGUCCAGAAGUAGCACCACAUCUACUGCUACAACACAGAUGUUCCAUGAAGACGCUGCUGGCGGAUGGCAGCUUGUUGCUGUGGACGUCAACAAGCCACAUGGCAGAGCACCUGCAUGCCUUCAGCAACUGAUGCGGUCCUCUGUGUUCCACAUGUUCAUCCUGAGCAUGGUCGCCGUGGACGUCAUCUUUGCGGCCAGCAACUACUACAAAGGGGAGAAUCACCGGAGGCACUACGAUGAAUUUUACAUCGCUGAGGUUGCGUUCACCAUUCUUUUCGACCUGGAAGCUUUGCUGAAGAUCUGGUGCCUCGGGUUCACUGGAUACAUCAGCUCUUCGCUUCACAAGUUUGAGUUGCUCCUGGUCGUUGGCACAACGCUGCACAUCUAUCCUGACCUCUACCACUCCCAGUUCACGUAUUUCCAGGUCCUGCGUGUGGUGCGUUUGAUCAAGAUCUCCCCGGCCCUGGAGGACUUUGUGUACAAGAUAUUUGGGCCGGGUAAAAAACUGGGCAGCCUGGUGGUGUUCACUGCCAGCCUCCUCAUCGUGAUGUCAGCCAUCAGUCUGCAGAUGUUCUGCUUUGUGGAGGAUCUUGACCGCUUCACCACAUUUCCCAGGGCAUUCAUGUCUAUGUUCCAGAUUCUAACCCAGGAAGGAUGGAUAGAUGUCAUGGACCAGACCCUGGUGGCAGUCGGCCACAUGUGGGCUCCAGUCGUCGCCAUUUACUUCAUUCUGUACCACCUGUUUGCCACCCUGAUUCUGCUCAGUCUUUUUGUAGCCGUUAUUUUGGACAAUCUGGAGCUGGAUGAAGACUUGAAGAAGUUAAAACAGCUCAAGCAAAGUGAAGCUAACGCCGACACCAAAGAGAAGCUACCUCUGCGACUCAGGAUUUUCGAGAAGUUUCCGAACAGACCUCAGAUGGUGAAGAUCUCCAAGUUGCCGUCAGACUUCACCGUGCCCAGAAUCAGGGAAAGUUUCAUGAAGCAGUUUAUUGAUCGGCAACAGCAGGGCACUGGCUGCUUGUUCCGACGUCUCCCAUCAGCUUCAUCGUCCUCCUGUGACCACUCCAAACGCUCCGCCAUCGAAGACAACAAGUAUAUCGACCAAAAGCUCCGCAGGUCAAUAUUUAGCAUCCAAGCUCGGAACCUGCUGGAAAAAGAAAACAUUGUCAAUAAAAUCCUACGGGAGUGCACACAGCAGCGCAUGCACAGCGGAUCACCAGAAGGUCAGCCGCUGAAGGAGCGCUCAAUAUUGAGUGUCCAGCAUCACAUACGUCAGGAGCGAAGGUCACUGAGGCACGGUUCCACUAGUCAGAGGAUAAGUCGAGGAAAGUCGCUGGAGACUCUCACUCAGGAUCACUCGAGCACAGUUCGCUAUCGCAACGCUCAGAGAGAAGACAGCGAGAUAAAGAUGAUCCAGGAGAAGAAAGAACAAGCCGAGAUGAAGAGGAAGGUCCAGGAGGAGGAGUUGAGAGAGAACCACCCCUACUUCGACAAGCCUCUCUUCAUCGUUGGUCGAGAGCACCGCUUCCGCAACUUCUGCCGGGUGAUCGUACGAGCUCGCUUCAACGCAUCAAAGACUGACCCCGUCACCGGAGUAGUGAAGAACACAAAGUACCACCAGCUUUAUGACCUCCUGGGCCUCGUCACAUACCUGGACUGGGUGAUGAUCAUAGUCACCAUCUGCUCCUGCAUCUCUAUGAUGUUCGAGUCACCGUUCACCAGGGUCAUGCACGUCCCCACCCUUCAGAUCGGAGAGUUUGUGUUCGUCAUCUUCAUGAGCAUCGAGCUGAACCUGAAGAUCAUGGCCGACGGCCUGUUCUUCACCCCCACGGCUGUGAUCAGAGACUUUGGAGGAGUGAUGGACAUCUUCAUCUACCUAGUGAGUCUGAUCUUUCUAUGCUGGCUUCCGCCCGACGUCCCGCCGGAGUCCGGGGCUCAGCUGCUGAUGAUGCUGCGCUGCCUGCGCCCACUCAGGAUCUUCAAGCUGGUGCCCCAGAUGAGGAAGGUGGUACGAGAGGUUCUCAAAGGCUUCAAGGAAAUCUUCCUGGUUUCCAUCCUUCUCCUCACACUGAUGCUGGUGUUUGCAAGCUUCGGCGUUCAGCUGUUUGCUGGGAAGCUUGCCAAGUGCAAUGAUCCCCACAUUCUGAAGCGGGAGGAUUGUCACGGUAUAUUCCGAAUAAAUGUCAGCGUUUCCAAGAAUCUCAAUCUGAAGCUGAAACCUGGAGAGAAGAAACCAGGUUUCUGGGUGCCGAGAGUCUGGGCCAAUCCACGUAAUUUCAACUUCGACAAUGUAGGCAACGCCAUGUUGGCCCUUUUCGAGGUGUUGUCCCUGAAAGGAUGGGUGGAAGUUCGUGAUGUCAUCAUUCACCGAGUUGGACCGAUCCACGGCAUCUACAUACAUGUCUUUGUGUUUCUGGGCUGCAUGAUCGGACUCACUCUUUUUGUCGGGGUUGUCAUUGCAAACUUUAAUGAAAACAAGGGCACAGCCCUCCUUACUGUGGACCAGAGAAGAUGGGAAGAUCUAAAGAGUCGACUGAAAAUAGCCCAACCUCUUCACCUGCCCCCUCGACCAGAGAAUGGUGGAUUCCGUGCCAAAAUGUAUGACAUCACCCAACACCCUUUCUUCAAGCGGGGUAUUGCUGUGCUCGUGUUGGCUCAGUCCGUACUGCUCUCCGUGAAGUGGGACGUUGAAGAAAAAGUAACAUUUCCACUCGCCACCAUGUCGGUUGUCUUCACUUUUAUAUUUGUGUUAGAGGUGACGAUGAAGCUGAUCGCCAUGUCGCCAGCGGGCUACUGGCAGAGUCGACGGAAUCGCUACGAUCUUCUAGUCACGUCUCUGGGCGUCAUAUGGAUCGUCCUCCACUUCGCUUUACUGAACGCUUACACCUACAUGAUGGGCACGUGUGUCAUCGUCUUCAGGUUCUUCACUAUAUGCGGGAAGCACGUCACGCUAAAAAUGCUGCUGCUGACGGUGGUGGUCAGCAUGUACAAAAGCUUCUUCAUCAUCGUGGGGAUGUUCCUCCUCCUCCUGUGCUACGCUUUCGCUGGUGUGGUCCUCUUUGGAACCGUCAAAUACGGAGAGAACAUCAACCGACACGCCAAUUUCUCCACGGCCGGCAAAGCUAUUACCGUUCUGUUCCGUAUUGUCACUGGAGAAGACUGGAACAAGAUCAUGCAUGACUGCAUGGUGCAGCCUCCAUUCUGCACCCCAGAUAAACAUCGCUACUGGGAGACAGACUGUGGGAACUACGCUGGAGCACUCAUCUACUUCUGCUCCUUCUAUGUCAUCAUAGCUUAUAUCAUGCUCAACCUGCUUGUAGCCAUCAUCGUGGAGAACUUCUCCCUGUUCUACUCCACGGAGGAGGACCAGCUGCUGAGCUAUAAUGACCUGAGACACUUCCAAAUCAUCUGGAACAUGGUGGAUGACAAACGGGAGGGCGUGAUCCCGACGUCGAGGGUGAAAUUUCUCCUGCGCUUGCUCAGGGGCAGACUGGAGGUGGAUCUGGACAAAGACAAGCUGCUGUUCAAACACAUGUGCUACGAGAUGGAGCGGCUGCACAGCGGAGGCGACGUCACUUUUCACGACGUCCUCAGCAUGCUGUCCUACCGCUCAGUGGACAUCAGGAAGUCUCUCCAGCUGGAGGAGCUGUUGGCCAGGGAACAGCUCGAGUACACCAUUGAGGAGGAGGUUGCCAAGCAAACCAUCCGCAUGUGGCUCAAGAAAUGCCUCAAGCGCAUCCGUGCUAAACAGCAACAAUCAUGCAGCAUCAUCCACAGCCUGAGAGAGAGCCAGCAGCAGGAGCUGAGCCGCUUCCUCAACCCCCCCAGCAUCGAGACCACACUCCCGAGCGAGGACCACAAUGCCAACAACGCCGACAACCCGUCGCAGCCUGAAAUGAGUGGACUCCAGCAGCUCCUGAGCCCCACACUGUCCGACAGAGGAGGGUACAGGCAGGACUCCUCAGACCUGGGGAGGCCGCAGAGGAAGCUGGGACAGUGGCGGCUGCCAGCAGGUCGCACAAGUGUCAAAUCCAUCGUGUGUAAAAUGAACCCCGUCAACGACGAAGCCUCGUCUGGCUCCGAAGUGAAGAAGUGGUGGACCCGGCAGCUCACGGUGGAGAGCGACGAGAGCGGCGACGACCUCAUCGAUAUCUAAGACAGGAGCUGUGUUUCUAUAAACUAGAUUUAUUCACGCCAAGCCAGGUUACUGAGGAACAGGACGCCUCCCAGCUGACUGAGAUUUUUACCGAGCUGCUUUUCGUGACGAGCAGAUACCUCCGAGAGCCAUGCCGCCGAAUAUUUUUGUCAUCGCUUAUUUUUCUAUGCAUCCCGACCAUAUUUAAGAAGGAAGAUGGUGGCGCUACUGCCUAAAUCAAGUGUGUUUCUGGCCACUCUGUCAUUGUGUUCUAAUACAUGUUAUUUAUUGUGUCUCGAACGCGUUUGUCUCUGUCCCAUGUUUCCAACAGUGUUAAUGGAGUUUCUUAAUCACUUUAUACUUGAAUCAGAUUACUGUUUAGAACUUAAAAAAGAGAUACAUAUUUAGAUUUAUGACUGUGAAUGUAAUGAAAUCUAUCUAUCUUAUAAUAAAGAUCUACUC